AACAAGGGACUUCAUAGACCUGCCUUUCCGAAGACCCAGUGCCAUUCUGCGCCAGGAAGCUGCAGAAAGAGCACCCUACACUUACGUCUCAGAGGCUCUGGCGUUGAUGAGAAACUUUUUUGCAUGCAUUUGUUAAUAGUGAAAUGGAUUUUCCAGAUAAUCUAUAUUACCUGUUAUCCCAAGGUGUAUGAACUUUUCCAAGAUGUAUGGAAUAUCACAUGUUGCAUCAACACCAAGAGCAAGUUCAACAGCGUUUGAUGGAGAACACAGACGCAGCCUCUCAGAACAUAUUUUGCGGAGUUAUGCUUGUGCCUUUCUGGCUGAUGACACUGCCUGCGGGUAUUGUUCCACCGACCCUCUCAGAGGCUCCCUUUUCACAUGUCGCCGCAGCCCCCGACUGCUUUCUAACGGUUAUUACGUUUUGACAGAAGACAGUUUUCUGUCUGAUGAAGAGGGCAACAUAACACUGACACCAUCCCAGACAAGUGUUACAUACAAAGAGAACUUAGUUCGCAUAUUCAGGCGGAGGAAGAAAAUCCGCCGCUCUCUUGCCAGCUUGUUCAGUCUCAGUGCCUCCAGCUCAUGGCUCAGCAGCACUGUCCUCAGCAAUACAGAGUCCUCCCAUGGGGAUGAUCCCUGGUCUGAUGGAUGCAGUAAACUAGAGGCCAGUCAGGCUGAUAUUGGCGAUUCAGACUUUUCCUCUGAAUAUGAUAGCCAUGUUCCACAAGGGCAAACUCCAGCAUCUCUUGGAGCUUCUCUCACCAAAGAUGAGGAGUUUAUUCAGCCUGGGAAACCAUUUUGUGCUUCAGCGUCCUGCUCUCAGUUCAUGAUAAAUGCAAAUGAAGAGACAUUGAUCAAGGCAGAAUCCAGCACAGUGCGAAAUGUUCUUGCUCAGAUGGCUGCACUGAUCUUGUGUUUAAUCAUUUCAAUAUGUACAAGGUAUUUUCUGGGAGGAUUGUCUGCCACUUUGUUGCUGAUAAUUUUAGUUUUUCUUUUGUCCCAAGAUGCUGCUCUGUCAUCUUUUUUCGGUCUUGUCACAUCUUUCAAAACAGCUAAGUUUUGGAACAACUGAAAAGCAGGAAUAUUGUUGAAAAGCAAAAAAUGAAAAGAAGAACCUAAGUGGAGCUGUGCCCAGGAGCUGUGUUCCUUGUAGAGUGGAUAAAACAGCCUUGUUCAUCAGUUCUUGGAUGAGUGCAGCUCAGCUUCUGAGAUCUAAGGGCAGCUGCACAGCUGCAGGUGCAACCUUGGAGUCAUUCCUCAGAAAGAGGUUGUUCAUCCUGAGAACAAAGCAUUUUAGAACUGCGUGUAGGCACUUGAUCACUUUGCAGAGUGUGAAAGUCUAUGAUGAAAAAUGCAUACUGCUCAUCCACAGCCACGCAGUGGACACUAGAUAUGGCACUUCCUACAGUCAGUGGGACUAUUUAUCCAUGGCUACAACUCCAGAGGUUUAAAGCUUACUGAUUUUGAAAGACAGCAUCAAUAUUAACCAAAGCAGGUACUACAGGAUGGAAGGGAGAACUUGGGACUUGUUGCCUAGCAGAAGUGAAAUACAGGUUGGUCCAGGACACUGGAGAUAGCAUGACAGCAUUUCAAAACAAGCUCUUCUCCUGCCUUCCACAGGAACUUAAAGUCAGAGUGUUUACUUCUAUAUAUUUCACUAUCAGUUCACCAGCAGUUUUCAUUUUUCUUCCUCCUCAAAUUUGUUUUCCUCAGCAUCAAACUACUAGAUACUUCCUUGUGGCACUGUUACACAUUUUCCCAAGGAAACAAACAAACAAAAACAAACAAACAAACAACAACAACAACAACAAAAUCAAGACGAUCAGAAUUAUUGGUGUUCUUCCUUUAGAAUACGAUUCAUUUUAGCUUUAUUUUUGUUCUGGUCAAACUACAGGUGAUGCCAUACUUCUUGGUGAACUUCUGCAAGCAGUAAUGCAAAAAGAUUGUGGUACCUCUAGUCUCAUGUCAAGGAAGUCCUGCGUAAGCAUGAGUCUUACAAGCACUUUGAUAGUAAACCAAUGGUGAAAGUGUUUAGCAAUCCCCAUUAAUUUUGCUUUUGGUAAAUAGCUGAUGUCUUCAAAUACUUUAUAUGUAUUAAUUUCUUGUAAUGAUAUGCUGUCAACAAUAAUUGGUUUGGAUAAUGAGUACAUGUGGUAAUAUUUCAGAAGCAUUAUUGUAUCAUGUGUGCACAUUGUUUUUUGGCAGUUAUACCUAGCACUGUAAAAAGAGAAAAAAGGAAGAAAGAAACAUCACAAAAAAUAUAAAUAAAUGAUGACAAAUCAGUGCCCAGUUAUUAGAAGGAAGGGAUUCUUCAGAAAACCAGCAGUCAGUAUGUGGAAAAGCAAUAAUUACUCUGAAUUACCUGGGUUAUGAUACAAAACAAAACAAAGAAACAAAAACAAACAAACAAAAAACACCCUGCAGCUAGUAACUGUAAUUUGGAAACAUUGAGCCUUAUUUUUCAACUUGUAUCUUUGCUACCACAGAGACUAUAUUACACAUGGAUCCUGUGGGUAACCAAAAACUGCUGUCUUGUGACUCCAAGCUUUUAAUAAUCUGCUACUUUAAAUAUCUCCCUAUAUGCCAGUUUAGCUAGGACAGAAUGCAUUUCAUCUUCCUGUGCAACAAAAUGAUGAUAAUGUGCAAGCAAGCACACUCUUGACCACCAAAUCAUUCUAUAACUAGUGCUACUUCUAGUCUACUUGUCCCCUGUUGUGCUAAAAGUGAUGUUAGCACAGCCCCAGCUGGUAAAUCAGAUGUGAAAUACUGGCUGUGGGAGAGCUAGGUCUGCUGACGGGAUACAAACAGGCUGGCAGGCAUAAUGACUGGGAUUUCAAAACUGCAAUGAAAGCACAUACAUUAAAGGUUCUGGUGGAAAAAAGAAUCUACAAAACUGAAACACCACUGUCUGUCCAAUUCUAUGUCCAAGCCAAGAUCAAGCACAUUGUAGCCAUAUUUCUAGCAUCAAAAAUCCAAAGAAAUGAGGCAAUGAAGUAAAGUGUACUUACAGCAAUUUAAUAUGUAUGUUUCUCUUUCAAAGGGUAAAUAAAUAUAUGCUAGUAAUAUUUUGAAGCGAAGCAUCAAUAGCUCAACAUUAAGAGCUCAAACAGGGAAAUUUCACCCAAAUUAGCAAUUUAUGAUAGUAAUUUACAUUUGCUCAGAUCAUUACAUUGGUCUUACAUGAAGGCAGACUAUCCGAUGUAACAAAACUUGGGUUUGCAGUUUCAGUAAAAGGUGACAAGGGAAUGUUCUUUUUCAUAAAACUUGUUUAGUUGUAGUUAAUGCACUUGAGUAUUUUUGUCAGUAUUAUUCUGCUUUAUUUUGUUAAACUAUAGAGAGCACUGAGAGUCUCAUAGUGUAAUAUUUAUAAAUAUGCUGUGUUAUCUAUUUUAUUGGUAGUUAUACCAGAUCCUUUACUAAACAAUUUUUUUAUUUUUUAUUUUUUUAAGAGGAUUAAAAGAUCUUUAGUAUUUAAAUAAUUUCCUGGAAGAAUAAUCUGGAAGAAUAAUAUCCUGUACUGAGACAAAAGUCUAAGACUGCAAUUACUCUGCAGUUACAGAAGUGAUACACUGAAAAGCAAGAAAGCUUAAAUUCACUGUAAGCUAGUUGGUCAACAUACAACAGCAAGUUAAGAAGAAGCUGAUUUAGCUUGCUAAAAGUUUAGUGUAAUAUGAAUUGCUUUAAUCUGUCUAUGAAAAAAUAAAAGCUGUAAAUUAUGAGUGUUCUUAUCAGGAGAGGGCGAAGCUCUGGAACAAUUUUGUAAUUGGAGUUCAAGGCUAAAAAUAAGAUGCGUGGGAUCUGCUAAGAGAUGCCCUCUGUGAUAUUCAUUAACGUUGAAUUAACUAAGUUCUCUUCAGUUACCAGACUGAUUGCCUUUGACAGUUCCCUGCAGUAUAUUCCAAUGGACAGGAAAGCAAACCUUAUAUUGUUUCCCUGAAAAGAGGCACAAUACUGUGCUAAGUUCAAUCCCAUCAGAAGAAAAAUUGAAGUCAAAAUCUAUCUGAUGAAAAACUGAAGACAACAUUUUCUAAUCUAAAUGAUUAAAUCUGGACUGUCAGAUGUAAUUAGUAUUUGCAAUUUCUGUUAACUAGGGAAUAAAGCCUAGAAUAAUUUUGAACAGUAAUUCUCAUCAAGUAAAAUCAUUUGUUGGGCAGUGAUUAACCAACGCAUCUACAAAGAGUGAGGAUUCCUAGAAUUUUCUUUCUGUCCUCAGCGAUUAAAGUGAUUAAACUCAGUUCUAAUAUAGCACAUUAUAUAUAUAUAUCAAAAAAAAGGAAAUCAAAGAAGAAAUUCAAGAUAGAGAUUUAUAAAUCCCUGUACAUUAUCUGAUACCUUUCCUUACAAUUAUUUUUUAUCAUUAUGACUUGUCUUAUAUUUCUUGGUGUGUUCAGCAGAAUUUCAAGGUCAUUCUUGAUUAUAUAUCACAUAGUGCUUAAUAGUGUGGAUGUUCAUGUUGAAGUGAACAGCAGCAAGCAGAAUUAUAAUAGUUAUGGAGUCCCUUAGCUUAUAAUGUUCCUAAUGUGUGAUCAAGUCUGUUUUGUAUUUCUCCUGGAAGUAUUACAAAUAGAACUCAAACCAUAUGGACUAAGAUUAACAUUUUGACUUAAAUGGUAUUGAAUAAACCAUGGUGAUACAGGAAAUAGGUAUCGCCAUUCAGCCUAGUUGUUCCUUUGUGUAUUUUUUUGUGAAUUAGCUGCAGAGUUUUGUAAACAUCUUUGUAUAUUUUAAUAUAUUCUGAGCAAAACUGCUAGUUCAUUUCAUAUUAUUCUUUUUGUACAAUUUCUUAUGCUGCCUUUUGCUUGUCCUCUUUAUCAUUUACUUUUAUAGUUAAGUUGUUCUUGUUUACAUUUUUCCUAUAUUUAUGAGUGUCAUCAGUACUGAAAUUGUUUAUUAGGAAUUGCAUAUAUUAUGAUUAAUUUGUUAUUUGCCUUUUUCUGUCUUGCCCUGUAGGUUAUGUGCUCUUUGGACAGGAUUUAUUGGUACUUUGGUAUGAAAAUGAAAGCCUAAUUUCAUUACAGUUAGUUACUAAGUAACUGUUAACACCAUAGAAUAUAAUGAUAAUGAUAAUAGUAACAACAAAACUAACAACCGUAGAAUCAAAGAAUCAUAGAAUCACAGAAUGUUUUGGGUUAGAAGGGACCUUAAAGAUCAUCUAAUUCCAACCCUCUACCAUGGGCAGGGGUGCCACCCACUAGAGCAGGUUGCCCAGGGCCUCAAUUAAAUAAGAAAUAAAUAGAAAGACAUAGUUCCAGAUUCUGAGUGCGUAUCAGUCAGUUGAUUUCCAUCUAAACUUCUGAUUUGCAGAAUUUUAGCAGCUAAAAUUUAUCCAUGGACUUCAAUUCUCUAGGGCUAUAGCACCUUACAUGAGUAUAUUCUCAUGGAGUGAGCACAUAUUCAAGAUAUUUCUUAUGCACUGUGAUGAUAAUGCUGUAAAACUUAUUUUGUUAUGACACAGAAUGGUAUUUUAUAUUGUACUGUUUUAUGCAUUUAACAAAUAAACAUGUAAUGUAUUAAAGCA